ACCGAGCCGGCGGAGCGACCCCCGGGGCGCUGGUGCUUCCUGGUCUCCCGCUCCCGGGGCCGCCUCUGCCUGCGGUCUUUCCUAGGCCUUGAAUCCCGGCCAGGUUUCCGUCAGAGGGUCCCUCCGGCGCGGCCGCUCCCGGCUCGGCUCUCGCCGUUCAGCGGCGCUUUGUAUCGCCUACCGCCCCUGCCUGCGGAGGACGUGAAAAUCUGAGAAAUGAACAAAUUACGGCAGAGCUUUAGGAGAAAGAAAGAUGUCUAUGUCCCAGAGGCCAGCAGGCCUCAUCAAUGGCAGACUGAUGAAGAAGGUGUUCGUACCGGCAAGUGUAGCUUUCCUGUUAAGUACUUGGGACACGUCGAAGUGGACGAAUCCAGGGGAAUGCAUAUCUGUGAAGAUGCUGUGAAGAGACUGAAAUCUCUACCUACAGUAAUAGCGCUCGACUUGUCCCCCCUGUUCCUCCAGGAAAGGAAGUUCUUCAAAGGCUUCUUUGGAAAAUCUGGCAAGAAAGCCGUGAAAGCAGUCCUGUGGGUUUCGGCGGAUGGACUCAGAGUUGUAGAUGAGAAAACAAAGGAUCUUAUAGUUGAUCAGACAAUAGAGAAGGUUUCUUUCUGCGCACCAGACAGGAACUUUGACCGAGCCUUCUCUUACAUCUGUCGAGAUGGCACGACAAGGCGCUGGAUAUGCCACUGCUUUAUGGCUGUAAAGGACACGGGGGAAAGGUUGAGUCACGCCGUGGGCUGUGCAUUUGCAGCCUGCCUGGAGCGAAAGCAGAAGCGAGAGAAGGAGUGUGGAGUGACUGCCACCUUUGAUGCCAGCAGAACAACAUUCACUAGAGAGGGGUCAUUCAGGGUCACUACAGCUACUGAACAAGCAGAGAGAGAGGAAAUUAUGAGGCAGAUGCCGGAUGCUAAAGCAGUUGAAACAGAAGUGAAAGCAGUAGCACCCGGUGCUGCACCAAACAAUACUGCCCCCUCCUCUGGCUCACCAACCUCUCCUACUGCUGAAGUUCCUGCCUCUCUGGAGAAAGAAAUGAGCAAUCCCCAUGCUAUUCCUCGGAGGCAUGCCCCUAUAGAACAACUUGCCAGGCAAGGGUCUUUCAGGGGCUUCCCUGCCCUGAGCCAAAAGAUGUCUCCGUUUAAACGCCAGUUGUCUUUGAGAAUAAAUGAGCUGCCUUCAACAGUGCAAAGGAAGACUGAUUUCCCCAUGAAGAACUCAGUCCCUGAGGUAGAAGGGGAAACAGACAGCAUUAGUGCCCUGUGCUCUCAGAUCACCAGUGCUUUCAGCGCACCAUCAGAAGAUCCUUUCUCUUCGGCCCCCAUGACAAAACCAGUAACAGUAGUUGCACCACAGUCUCCUGCCUUUCAAGUUAAUGGCACUGCCUCUGCCUUCUGUGUGCUUGCUGCUAAACCAUCCCAAGCUGCUGUAGUGUCCACAGCUAUGCCCGUUCGUGAAACCAAUCCUUGGGCUCAUGCUCCUGCUGCUAAUACUGGAGCUGUGGCCACGGUCGCUGGCACUGAAUGGAGCAGCACCUCCUCAGGUGCAGCCUCACCAAGUCUCUUCCAAGGAAAUCACAGACGUACUCCCUCAGAGGCAGACCGCUGGUUGGAAGAGGUCUCAAAGACUGUCAGAGCCCAGCAGCAGCCGACCCCAGCCCCAGCCCCACAGCCACUAAUACAACCUCCUCCAGCAGCUUCCCAGUCAGCACCAGCCUUCCCAGUCAGCACCUUCAUUGCACCUCAGCCCGUGCCGGUGGGCGUGGUACCCCCCAUGCAGCCAGCGUUUAUCCCAGCUCAGCCCUACGCCGUAGCCAACGGGAUGACCUACGCGGCCCCCAGCGUACCUGUGGUGGGAAUCACACCUUCCCAGAUGGUCGCCAACGUCUUCGGCACCGCCAGCCACGCUCCGGCAGCCCCUCCUCACCAGUCUCCCAGCCUCGUCAAGCAGCAGACGUUCCCUCAGUACGAAAGCAACAGUGCUACCACCACCACCACCGCCGCCACCGCCAGCCCUUUCUUCAGACCCCCCGCCCAGCACAACGGCUCCGCAGCUUUCAACGGAGUCGACGGCGGCAAAUGGGCAGCGGAGGACAAACAGGGGCAGGCGCCGGCGGCCGCUCCGCAGGUGGAUCCCUUCGAGGCACAGUGGGCAGCACUGGAGGGUAAGGCAAAGCAACGCACUAAUCCCUCCCCGACCAACCCCUUCUCAAGUGAUUUACAGAAGACGUUUGAGAUUGAACUUUAAGCAGUCCUCCACGGGGAAGGCGUGUGUGUGUGUGUGUGUGUGUGUGUGCGCGCGUGUGGAUAAAUUGUACAUUAGGAUAGAGGGAUAAAGGGAGCAGAGGGGACUGUUUCUGAUCAGUUUGCUUUGAUAAUCCCGAAAGUCCCUUCAAACUAAAAUGGGUUAGAAAGAGGGAGCAAUGACGGGGAGGAUAGAAACAUACAGAGAAUUUUAUGAACAGUUCUUAAAAGGAAAAGGUGGAGUCUGUGUUCCCUCAUCACUUGGAAAGCUGGAAGUCAGAGUAAAGAAAGGCACCCAGUCCCAAAGGCUGUUCUGCAGAAACAUCCAUUAUCUCACAGAAAGGAAGGCAGAUUUUCUACUUGCAUCCUUCUGAUGCUCUGCGAGCCCUGGACAUUCCCCCAUGGGGGUGAGGGGGAAGAAAGAAUGGGUGGGUGGGUGGGUGGGUGGAUAUGGGUGGGAGAUUGUCACCUGCUUAGCAAAAGCUAGGUUUGUGGGAAAAGUUGAGCUUCCAUUUUGAGUAACAAAGUGAAUAUUAUGUAAAGAAUAAAGUAAAGCCAAAAUCUUUAUUUUUAUGCAUUUAGAAUAUUUUAAAUAGUUGGAUAUUAAAAGCUGUAUGAGUUGUAAGUAAUCUUGCCAAAGGUUAAAAAAAAAAAGGGGGGUUGGAUGUAAGAAAUUGUACAUAAGAUUGAUUUAUCUCUGAUUCUUAUUGUAAGUAAUAUUGGGGGGGGUGGAAAAAGGGGCUCUAGCUUGUUCUCGUAUCUGUUCAUUGUAAGUAGCAUAUUGCAACAACAAUCACAACCAAUAAGUCAUUAUAUUGUAGUUUUAAAUAAAGAAAAUUAAAGAACAGUAUUGUCAUGGUUUGCAAACCAUGGGGAAAAUUUACUGGUUUUUAUUGGAAUCAAGCUACAUAUUAUAUAUAGUAUGGGUUUCUCCUUUCAUGUAUUGCUGCAGUUUCUUUAUCUUAAUCAAUUGGUUCUAACACUACUGUGACAAUUUAAUCAUAUCUGCAUCCUGGGGCUACCUGGGAAACCAUUUUAUGUUUGUCUGUCUAUAGAUCCUAGAGGUUUUUAACUUUGGUUUUAUUUUUUUUCCACUGAUUUGUGAAACCUUGUGGUUGAGGCUGCAGCUGGUCCAGGUUCUGCCUCUGGUGACUUGUGAAAACCAUCUCAUUUUAACUUUACUUUUAAACUUUGGCCUUACAAGCAAAUGUAAGUUAUAUAUAUUUGUACUGAUGAUUUAUAAUCUGCUUUAACAGAAAUAAAUGUUGGUGGUAGAAA